AUGGGCAAGCCUCUGAGCCGGCCCGGGUGUUUCAGGAAGAGCUCUUGCUGCCUGGAGAAGCACGGGUUUGGCGCUGACGUGGGCGUGGGAGGGCGGGACGUAAGCGUGGACGGAGGGUACGGGGAUGGCUAUGUACCUCAAAGGUCUAUCUAUGACACUAUGUGCAUAAACCAGCAAAUUGACAGCCACCACCACCAUCACGGAGGGUCCAUGCGGUGCGAUGCUGGAAGCGAUAGCAGCUUUUACUCAACAAGCGGCUCGUUGAGAAUGAGCAGAGCUCCAGGGUCCCACCCGCCUUCGUCUGCAGCCUCGGAGUUGAGUUUGACGGAGUUGGAGAGGCGGGCAAGGGAGCUGGAUUCAGAUCUGGAGCAUUUGGACCUUUCACAGCCACACCGGGAGAGUGAGGAGCUGUAUCCCCCGCUUCACGAUUCCAGAGAGAGGACAGACAUGUACCAGACGCAUCCGGGACCACGAGACAAGACCUCAGCAAUGACAGUAACCAUAGCGACAGGAGUCGUCGGGAGCAGGUCCCAUGUGAACCUGGAGCUGUCCUCUCCCUCUGGAGACACAGACAGACCUCCAUCCGGAGUCAGCCCGGCGAAAGAGGACAGCUCUCCAGACUCCAACCUAACAUUAGAGUCUGACUCCAGUGGCAUCUUUCUGUCCCUGUCCAAUCAGAGCCAUGAAGAAGGGGGCUCAGACAGCGAUCAGCCAAUCAGUGGGUCCGAUUUGGGCAGCAGUAGUACCUCGUUGGACAAAGACGGCGAAGACGGUUUAAAAGAAUGGGGGCGAGAGGAAAGCGCAGAGCUACAGUGGUGCUACCCGUCUCUGCUCAACACAUCCAUGCAAGAUGAGGACAACAAUGGGAAUUUGCAGGAGGAAGUUAAAACGGGUGUGAAUGUACCGAUUAUUACAGCUCCAAUUGAUCAGAAUGCAUCAGAAGAUCAACCACCAAGGAGAAAAGUUACAGUGAUGGGUGGUGAGUCUCCGCUAUGCCGGUCGCCGAUAAACCAAUCGACCAAACAUCAGAUAGAUCAGAUUAAGAAACCAUUUCGGACUUCCGGACUGGACUGCAGCGACAUCGACCCGUUUGCCCAGGCCGACAGCUUUGUGUAUUUGGCAGUUUCAGCCCGGCCCUCUUCUCAUGGCGAAGUGAUGGUGAAAGGGAGCGAGUUUAAGAAGGAGAUGGCGCCGAUGCAAGCAGAGGUCACCACGCAGCUGAGCCAGUCCAAAGCAUUGCAGGAAGUCAAAGGAAUGCAGCUGGGAGUGCAGAAGCCGGAAGAAGGGGAUUUUCUCUGCACCGAUAGCUUUGUGUACCUUGCUGCUCCUGCCUGCUUCCUGCUGGGACCGCCAGGAACUGCAGGCUACAGUGGCAGAGACUCGGACUCAGAGAGCUCAGACUCCUGCCCUGUGGAUGUUUCGGUUCACGGCUGUGGCUCUGUGGCUGAAGACUCGGACUGGGACUCAGACCUGUCUGACUCGGACCCAAGCCGCCCACCCCGGAGCUCCUCUGGGACCAAGGCUUCUGGGACGUCCCGCUCCAAACGCCCCCCUCCGGAGCCACAGUGGGACUUGUAUAAAGACCCACCUGAGCCAGAGUGCAUAGAGAAUUUGGAAGGAGCGCCCUCCAGCCCCAAUUCGUGCCCGUCUCCCACAGACACUUCCCCGGGUUCGGCCGACUCUUCCGCCGCCUCCAAACGCGUCACGUGGCAGUUCAAGCCCGCACAAAGGUCCGUGUGCACCGGCAGCAGGAAGGAGAAGGAUGUGACAUCAUCAGGAAGCGACCGACCGCCCCCCUCGCCAUCGUCUUCCUCCUCCUCCCCCUCCUCUUCCUCGUCCGGAUGA